CCAGAUUGCAGAGUGGGCCGUGAACGAAUGCAAUUUAAAUAUGCAUGGCCCUCUUCACUGUCUUCAGAAAUGAUUUGUCCUCUGGUAUUGAGAAUCCAUUUUUAAUCCAGCGACAAUUCCAGAAUUUCUCUCUCUAGGGGGGGCAUGAGUCGGUCGGAUUGGCAAGAUCAUUCAAAUAUCAUCGGCAAAAGAAAUUGCUAAUUGUAAUAAAUAUGUAAUAUGGAUCCUGGAUUCCUGGUGAUUUCAUAGAAUAAUCGAUUACAGGUCUACCACACUCAAAUGAACGCUUCACAAUGUCCGAUUCACUAGGAGAGACUGUUAUCAAUGUUUUACAAAUAUGCGGUGCGAUGUACGCGAUCAUGCUCUGUGGCUACAUAUCAGCAGCGAGGGAAAUUAUCAGCGUGAAAGGAUAUGAAGGGAUAGGGGCAUUUAUCAUGGGCUUCUCAAUGCCGAGCAUGAUUUACUAUGCUGUAGCCACCACAAACAUCUACGAGAUAGAUCUGCAGCUGGUGCUAUGUGUAGGAGUAUUCACAGCAAUGGCGAUGUUCCUUAGCUUUAGCAUGCCCGCCCUAUUCAAUAUCGUACCGUUCGGCGGUGCGAACAAUCCGAAGGUAUCCGUGCUUGUCUGGGGGGUUACUUUUACAAAUGCAGUCGCUCUAAACAACGCGUUAGUAAUGGGCGUGCCCGUUAUGGUAGGAAUGUAUGGGUCAGAUCUGGAAGCGCUGCAGUUUGUGAUUGUGAUGUUGCAGGUGGUCUUCCUGUUCCCGAUCGUGUUCGUCUUGUAUGAGAUCGACGCAGUACUGAAUUCGGACACUGGCGGUCAACACAAUACACCGCAAAGGGCAUCGACUGAAAAGGAUAAACAAGUUGAAGCGAGUGAUACGUAUUUGCGACAAUCCAAGUCAGAUGUUACGGACACUAUAGAUGUUGCAGGUACCAGUGAACAAUUCGAUUUAGACCAGGAGUCCGAACCACAACGCAGGCCGUCAAAUGUGAGCAUAUUGAGUGAGAGAAGCUCUAUAUCAGUAGUGGCCAAUGUUAUUAGAAGCGUAAUAACCAACAAAGUCAUCGUAGCUGUGAUCGGAGGUGUGGCAUGGUCGAGCAUAUGGAAUUAUUUCAAACCAAAUGAGGACAUGCCCCUAUUUUUGGAUAUGUUCUUUAGCUGGUUCGCAGACUCGGUAUACGGACUGAGUCUCUUCAACGUUGGAUACUUCAUGCGAAUGCAAUCGCUUGUUCCUCCUCGUAACCUGCUGUUACAAAUACUAUUCGUGCUGUUCCUCAAGUUCGCCGUAGCCCCUGCUCUCAUGACUGUAUGUGCCAUACUCUCUGGACUGGAAGGUGAAAAAUUCAAGUCAAUAAUUAUACAGUCGUUCAUCCCUUCAGGCACCGCUUCCUUCGUGUUUGCAAACCACUACAAUGUGAAGCAAGAAGUCGUGGGUCCGGUUGUGAUGUGGGGCUCUCUCUUAUCCCUACCUGCUGUGCUCGUGGGAUUUUUCAUUGUGGAAGCUGCAACUGAUUUCUGAAGGCGUUUUGCUAUAUUGUAUUAGAUUGUAUCUUUAGGGGCAGGAUAGCCAAAGUCACCUGACCUUUGAAUUUGCAAGUCCAGAACAGCGAAGAAAGGAUCAAAAUUCCGAGGAAAUUAGGACAGACUUUUAGGAAACUUGCGGAUGCGCAGGAGAAUGGAUGAGGCCAAAAUAGAGUUUACGUAUGCUGGGACUUGAGAGAAUGGCCAUUAUCGAGACGUGGUAUCAAACACUGAGACAUCGAAAAUCAUAGAAUUGCAGAUUUGUUGCCAUGAGACGACAAGCUCUAUGAGUGACUUCAAAUUACACUCUUGAGGUGCAUAGUCCGAUGUCUAUAUUGCGGAUGUGAUCAACAGGCAUAUUCACAGCCUGGCAUAGACCAAACAUCAUUGCACGAUAUCUGAGAACACACUGUAUGUCACAUAUCGGUCGCGAAUGUAUACACAUCUCGUCGACAAAGAGUUUGGUGUGCCCCAAUGGAUGCUACUACUACAAUAUGCCAUUUCGCGGACUGAGCGACACCUCGAAGUAUGUCCAUACCCAGUGUUGUGAGCUAUAACCGCAAUAGUGGGGUUUGGAUUUUAUAUACGAUGGAUAUUCCUCGCUCGCAUCGACUGCCUGGAAGUCAUAGGCCGCAUUGUGGUCAGGACACCUUGAGUGCUUGACGCGACUGAGGCGGAUAGACUCCGUUUAAAAACCUACAGCAGCGUAUUCACUACGAACUAUUACAUAAAGCAAACAUAACUACAAAUUUGUUCAGGAAUGCAUCGAACAGCACUGUGUGGGGGCCAGUUAUAACGGGCCGAGAUUCGCCCAAUCCGGGACCAUAAAAAUAUUAUGCUUUAAAAAUAAAGAAAUUCGGUUGAAGAGUGUCUCUCCGCGAAAAGGAGAUCGAUUCAAUCUUCACAUAGGUAUGCUAAUUGUAGUUUUAUUGGAGUGAAUAUCUACUCUAGCAUGCAGUGUCGAUCUGCAACUGCUAAACUCCAACCGAAUGCUAUACGUAGUUGCCAAAAAGAACCUUGUGGCAAUGUGAUGCUCUCAUUGAACCGAAUACGACCAUUCACACUCCACUGUGGCAUCCAUGUCACAUCUCCUGUCGGCCUUUGUAGAUUAUUGCUCUAAAUGAUAAAAUGUAUUAUCGCUCAUUGGGGUAUGCAGAUGUUAAAUGGGUUCUGCUAGAUAGCAUAUAGUGACAAAUAUUGUAUUGCUCAUGGUGAAUUGUGCCAAAUAAAAUCACAGUCACGCCCUUGAUAGGAGAAACUUGAAUAGAAAAAAAUGCUUCUGAUUCACUGCAAUACCUACCAACAGGUAUAUAUUUCGCCGUCACAAGCUUCUACCGAAAAAUUGUUGGAAUCGUAUCGUAUUCAGAGAUAUUCUCAUUUGAGAGUUAAGAAAUCGUAUCGUAUCUACGUGUGAAGCUGGUGACUUUAGAAAACACUUUUGUGUUCCAUCUUCGAUUAAAAUUAGCCAAACCACAGAACAGAAGGACAGAGAUGUGCGACAGUUUUUCGCACGCCAGUUAUCGUAGUGCUGGCACGCACGAACGAGCACAGCGAAAUCAUAACACAAUUGAUGUGAUCACGUGGCAUACUCGUUCGUAAACAAUCUAGAAAUCACAGAUUUCCACCAUCCGAUUACAAACACAUCCUCUCCGAUUAACAUACACACCCUUCCCCAUCUACCAGCAAAAGAGCUAGUCAUUGAUCUGGCAAGUGGGUUCUGGCUCGGUACGUAGUGGUAAGACGUGGUGUAGCAGAUGAGGAGAACGGGUGUUCAGAUCCGUAAUCUUGAUUCCCGCAUUAGUAUACGACGCAGUUUAAACAGUCCACUGAGGUCUAUGCAGUGGUCUGCUCUGAGACGUCGAUCAGAGGCACACUGUUUGAUAUAGUACUUGAUGUAACAACUAAACCAAAUCUAGUGAGAUGUACAGCAAUGCCCA